AUGCACUCAGAACAAGCAAGCGACGUAACUCUGGUACUAAAAGAUGGUAAAGAGAUUAGAGUGGAUGGGAACGAACUUUCAGCAGCGAGUGAUUUCUUUUCCACGCUUCAAAACACCGACAUGAAGGAGAGAAGGGAAGGAAUUAUUCGCUUAGAACAUAUUAGCGAGAAUGUUAUGAGAGAUGUGCUAGAAUUUGGGCGCUCGGGGACGGUACACAUAACGAAUGUUCAACAUGCUCAAGAUCUUUUCAAGGCAGCAGAUUAUUUUCUUAUUCCAGGCUUGAAAAAGGCGGCUGAGGGGUUCUUAAAGAUAUUACAACCUUCAAACUGUGUUUCAAUUUAUUGUUUUGCGACACGAUAUCCAUGCGAACUUGCGGUCACCGCAAGAGAAUAUAUCUUUGAAAACUUCGCCGAUGUGGCUGAAUCUCAAGCGUUUCUUCAACUGGAAAGCCAAGAAGUAGAGAAGUGGAUUUGCUGCGAUAAAAUAGUUGUGAGCUCCGAAGAAGUUGUCUUCAGGAUCAUUCUCAACUGGAUUAAACAAGCAAAGAGCGAGAGAAAAGGAAAGUUCUUAGAGUUAUUUCGUCACGUGCGACUGGCCUUUAUAUCGAGAGGCUAUUUGAAGAAAUAUGUUGUGACUAACCGCUACGUGAAAGAGAGUUCGAGCUGUUUAAAGCGCGUUAAAGUCGCUUUGAAAGGGACUUUUCCUGUAAGCGAGGAAGGUCAGCUGUCUUCUAGAAACUGGAGCGAUUUACAUCUCGACAAAUUAAUUUACCGGAAAGACGACUUUGUGUUAAUUAUGACCCCGUAA